AUGCUACCCCCGCCCAAUCGCCAGCUGCGGCAGCAGGUCAUAGCCAUGUACAAGGAGCUCCUACACUGCGGCCGCGACUAUCCCAGGGGCUACGACUAUUUCCGACAGCGGCUCCGUAAGGCUUUCCGGGAGAAUGCGUCACUGCGCGACGAAGGGGAAAUCAAGGGAGCUUUAAAAAGGGCGCACUAUGUAAAGAAAGAACUCGAGGCACUGUAA